AGGGAAAACCGCAAGAUGCCGAUUGAUUUUUACUACUUUCCGGCCAGUCCACCGUGUCGGUCGGUUAUCUUGCUAUCGAAAGCCAUCGGUGUUCACCUAAACUUGAAGACGAUCAAUCCUUUGAAGGGAGAACAAAUGAAACCAGCAUUUCUGAAGAUAAAUCCACAGCAUACUAUACCAACAGUAGACGACAAUGGAUUCAUUUUAUGUGAAAGCCGUUCAAUUAUGGGAUAUUUAGUUAGCAAGUACGCGAAAAAUGAUUCUUUAUAUCCAAAGGACACAAAAAAAAGAGGCAUGGUGGAUCAGAGACUGUAUUUCGAUCAUGGAAUUCUGUACGAAAAUAUGGACAAAUGUUAUUUCCCUGUAAUAUUUUACGGAAGGGAUUUCAUAAACGAGGAUGACGUGCAAGCAAUGGAAAAGUCCUGUGAAUUAUUAAACACCUUUCUGGAAGACAGCGAGUUCGUUGCUGGGGACACACUGACAAUUGCCGAUUUGGCCAUUAGCACGACCAUUUGCGUUUUACAGUGUUUUGGGUUCGACAUCGGCAGGUAUGAUAACAUAGCAGCGUGGUACAAUCGUUGCAAGGAACUUCUAGAUAAAUUCGGGUUCGAAGAGGUGCACGCUGAAGGAACGAAAAUGUUUACUCAGAUGUAUCGGGCAAAUUUACAGGAAUCCACUUAA